AUGGUUGCUGGCAAAGUGAUUGUCUACGGUGGCCGUGGUGCUCUUGGCAGCACUAUUGUGGAGCAUUUCAAGAAAAACGACUUUUGGACACUCAGUGUAGACCUAGCCGCUAAUGAUGCUGCAGAUGCUACUGUAGUUGUUGACCCAAAAGAUGAUUGGGUGACACAGGAGGCCAAUAUCUUGAAGGGUGUUGCCGCUGCCGUCGAUUCACCUGUAGAUGGAAUUUUCUGCGUAGCUGGUGGAUGGGCUGGUGGAAAUGCUGCUACGGACGACUUUAUUAAGAACUGUGACCUUAUGUGGAAGCAAUCCGUUUGGUCUAGUGCUAUUGCUGCCAGAAUUGCAACAAAACACCUAAAGCCUGGUGGUAUCCUACAACUUACUGGAGCGCUAGCUGCAACCCAUGGUACGGCUGGAAUGAUAGCGUACGGUAUGGCGAAAGCUGCCGUACAUCAACUUACAACAUCUCUAGCUGCAAAGGACUCGGGAUUGCCCGAUAACUCUUGCGUGUUGGCACUUCUCCCCAUCACUUUGGAUACACCAAUGAAUAGGAAAUGGAUGCCAAAAGCAGACCAUUCAUCAUGGACUCCUAUGCCAUGGAUUGCUGAGAGACUCUUAGAAUGGACUGUAGAUGAGGCCAAGCGACCAGAUAGCGGUUCUUUGUUGAAAGUGAAGACCAAAGAUGGAGAAACAGAAAUGAGCAAAGUUUAG